ACAUCCAUCCUCAUCGACCGACACUUGUUAUUCGGCGCAAAAUAACAUUGGCAGCUGUAGAUUGUGUUGUUUAUUUCUAACAUGAAAUAAGUAAUAUCCGAUCGUUUGAUUUUGAUAAUGCCGGUAGCUCAAAACUAUACUGAUUUAACUCGUCAGUUUUUAAAAAGUCGUCUACUCACGGAUGUAACAAGUUUCCGAGGAUUUGAAACGGAAUGGCAGCAUAUUCGUGAUCUGUUGUCGCGAACCGCGGAACACGGUGAAUCCAAUAGUGCUCUUCUCUUGGGUCCUAGAGGUUGUGGUAAAACAACGCUUGUAUCUUCGGUGUUGGCGGACUUACUUCCAGAGAAAGAGUUCUUCAAAAAUACCUUAAUUGUGUAUCUUAAUGGAUUAAUUCACACGGACGACCGAUCGGCAUUAAAGUCAGCAACUUCACAAAUGAAAUUAGAGAAUGCUGUUGAUGGGAAAGUUUUUGGAUCAUUUGCUGAAAAUCUCGCAUUUUUGCUUGAAUGUCUUAAGGCGGGAGAUAAGAAAAAAUCGAAAAGUGUAAUUUUCCUGCUGGAAGAAUUCGAUCUCUUUUGCUCACAUCACAAUCAAACGUUACUUUACAAUCUAUUUGACGUUGCUCAAUCUGCUCAGGCUCCAAUAUGUGUGCUGGGUAUUUCUGCUCGGUUGGACGUCAUUGAGUUACUCGAAAAGAGAGUGAAAUCUCGGUUUUCGCAUCGUCAAAUUUUUUUACUACCAAAAGAGAAUGAGACUGAAGAACGCAUCAUGUUAUUUAAAACGCUUUUGAAGUUGACGACGGAAAAGGAAUUGAAGGAGUUAAAUAAUAACCAUAAACCGAUACCACUUGAAGCAUUACAAAACGACGAAAUGCCGCUACUCCGUCGAAUUUUUGAUCCCAAUGAUUAUUCUUUUACAGCUACAUGGGUCAAUCAAUGGAACAAACAUAUCGAUGCUCUUGCCUCCAAUCGGAAUGUUAUUGUCGUCCUGCAAAAUAUGUACAACUACGAAGUUAUCGAGGGGACAUUCAAAAGCUUUCUCUUCGAGAUAGUGUCUCAGUUAAGUGAAGCUAACCCGUGGAUUACCGCGGAAAGCAUACAGCUUCUUGGACAGAGGUAUGAUAGCGAUGACAAAGUGUUAUUACUAUGCGGUCUUUCAGUCCUAGAGUUGUGCUUGCUGAUAGCAAUGAAACAUCAUUCAGAAAUUUACGAUCGCGAUCCGUUCAACUUUGAAAUGGUGCUCACCCGUUAUAACAAGUUUGCCAAUUCUAGUUCUACUAUGCAGGGAAUAGAGCGGAGCGUUGUGCUUAAAUCCUAUGAACAUAUUAAAAAUUUAGAACUGAUAGUGCCAGUCAGUGGUACAGCAUCGAAGGUGCAAAAAGAGUAUCAGUUGCAUCGGUUACUGUUAACAUACGGACAGAUUAAUCAGGCCGUCAUGAGGUCUCAAAAUUUGCCAACAGAGAUCAGUCAGUGGGCGCAGCGUUGUUUAGUGUGAUUAUAUUUGUAAUAAUGAUUUCCAAGUAAUAAAGGCAUUUUGCGGUUUACAGAAAAAA